AUGAGUAAAGACGUCUUGGCUUUGACCCCUAUUGUUAGGGUGUUCGAUGCCUGUCCAGCUAGUGGUCAGAUAAAUCUAUAUCAUCAGAGCCGAGAGUCUCAAUCAGGAAGAGACAAAGACGUUCAUGACAACAUCUCGUACGAAUCGCAGUCGACAGAAUCAGUCGAUUCCACUGUUACAGACACUUCAAGUCCAUCGUCAACUCCUGAUACUGACACAAUAGUCGUGGCGCCGGUACAACAGAGUGAAAGUCAGCAACUUACAGCACGUCGAGCACUAGGAAGUCAGCCGCAAAGACGAGGGUGUGGAAAUUCUUACUUCAAGUACAGAGAGGAGCAUCACAUUACUCUGUAUUUGCUUAGGACAACGAUCAAGGGCUCUUGGAACCAGACCACGAGAUGUUUCAAUGUGAUUUAUCAGGAAGACAUCGCGAAUUAUGGGCUCGAGAGAGGACUACUACCAACAGCCUUGAAAUCACAGUUCGCCUUUCGUCGCACUAGCCAGAGGUCGCUCUGGGAGACCUUUCUGAAGCAAAUCAAAGACGACAGUUGUGCCUUUGGCGAAAUCAAGAAUCGCAUCGAGACGACUUUGCCGACGGACGCUACACCAGAUAAAGCGUUGCGUUCAAAGAAGAAGACUCGUCGAUUCGGCAUAACUAGAGAAGACGCUCACCCACCCCUACCAGUCGUACUCUUUAGAGCCUACAAUGAUGCUAGCCAGGGAUCGAACUCAUCCGAAGGGUUCGUCGCGAGUUACUUCGAGGGCCACGACAGUCUGCCACCACCACCAAACUACUCAAAUUACGAUUUGGAGAACACGAUCAGAAAACAUAUCAGCCAACAUCAAGACUUCAAGUCUCCUUUGAUAAGCACUGGCAGCUGCUUAGUCAAGUUGAUGCGUCGUGCAAUGAAGGCAAGCGCAAGGGCCAACGACCUGAAGUCAUGCAGAAUUGGCAUAAUAGAUACGCAAAAGGUUGCACAAGACGACGGCAUCUUUUACGCUCGUCCGUAUCGCGAUCUGUUCCGCAGCAUUAAGAAGCUGUUCCCGUGGAGGUACUCCGCAGAGGAAGAAUACUUGGUCUGGGGCAGCAUACCUAAAGCAGCCAUACUAGCCGACCUGUCUUUGCAAGACCUAUUAUCCUUCAUUGCCGAAGAUUUUGUUCUAUCACACGCUUUCGAUACGGACAUCUCCUCAGGAAGAGUCGAGCAAAUGUGCAGAACACUCAAAUGCAAGAAAACAUUACUUUCAUCAGAGCUCACCGCUGGAAUAGCUUGUCUUGUUGCCUUUCUCGGUAUGGAGAUCAAUACUUUACCAGCAAUUAUCGCCAAACUUGUCUGCGAGGUAUUACAUGGUUGGUUCAUUGUUCUGCCUGUUCAGUCAAGAGAAGCCUGGCUUGCAGAAGCUGCAGUAUUUGCUCAUAAUUUUGUUGACUCGCAAGAGUGUGUGGUCGUCGGCCACGAGGAAAUGCACUUUACUGCCAUCUGUCAGGCAUUCCUGGCUGGUGCAAGAACGUCUCUGAAGAGUUGGGCUGCACAUAUCGAGAUAGACCAAAACCGAGCGCAGGUUGCGAUUGAUAGAGCGAUCAAAGUGGGGCUUCUUGACGCGGAAGAGAGAGUGGCGAUGUUGGAAAUAGAAGGAGUCAAGUGA